GUGGGCACAGGUGGGUGGCACUGGUGGGCACAGGUGGGUGGCGCUGGUGGGCACAGGUGGGUGGGCACAGGUGGGUGGCACUGCUGGGCACAUGUAGGUGGCACUGCUGGGCACAGGUGGGGGCACUGCUGGGCACAGGUGGGGGCACUGCUGGGCACAGCUGAUCGGAACUUGCGGGGGUCACUGCUGGGCACCGAUCAUCAGGGCACUGAUCAUCAGUGCCCUGAUGAUCGGUGCCGAUCCCCGCUCUGACAACUGCCGGUUCUCGGCAGUACUUUCCUCACGAUCUGACAGCGUGAGGAAAGUGCAGCCGAGAACCGGCACUUGCAU